AUUCUGUCUGCUCAUUAUCUUGAGAACUCUUUGCUUGACAGAUAUCAAACUUGGUACACUGGUACAUCUACACGAGAAGAUGACUCCUAUUGAUUUUGAGGUCACUUAGUCAAAGGUCAAGAGUUAAACUUGACAUAGUAAUAUAUUGUCUCCUAUAUUUUAAGAAUUAUUUGCUUGAUUGACACCAAACUUAGUACACUGGUACAGCAUAAGGAGUAGAUGACCCCUAUUGAUUUUUAGGUCACAUGAUCAAUCCACUCCUGACAUAGGAAGAUAUUGUCUACUCAAUAUUUUGAAUUGGUGAUACUACUAUCAAUUAAAUGAUGCAUGUGUAUAACCCUUUUCAAUUUUGCACCAUGGGGAGGGGGGGGGGGCAUAUAUAUUUUACAAACAUCUCUUGUUUAAGAAUCAUUUGCUUGAUUAACACAAACUUGGUGCACUGGUACAGCAUAAGGAGUAGAUGACCCCUAUUGAUUUUUAGGUCACAUGUAUUGAUAGGCAAUCGAGAGAAGAAAAUUAAUCGACAAUUUGAUUAAUCGGAUGCACCUUUUCGAUUUAUUAAUCGAAAAUUAAUCAAAUUAUGUUCAUUUCAAAUCUAUGGCAUAAAUGUAUUAAAUUUACUUUAUUUUUUACGCUAAAUAUAUUAAGUUAAUUAAAAUAAAAUCAUUAGAUUGAUUGAUUGAUUGUAUCUUGUGUAACAUCUCUCGAGAGAUUUUUUCACUCACAUGGAGACAUCUAAAAUCAUUAGAAAUUUGAAGUUAAUAAUCCCAUACUUUUGAUUUUGUUUUCCCGGGAUAGGGAUAGAUCUCUUGACUUUUGUUGUUGUUCUUAUGAGAUCCAGGUUAGAAUAGAGCCUCAUUACCCCUUGCUUGUUGUAAGAGGCAAAAUCUGAGGCCACGUGUCACAGCAGCUGUGGCACGAUAAAGAUCCCUCCCUGCUCAAAGACUGAAAGUGCCAAGCAUAGGCCUAAAUUUUGCAGCCGUCCAUUGGCAAUGGUAAUGUCUCCAUAUGAGUGAAAGAUUCUCAAUAGGGAUGUUUAACAAUAUUCAAUCUUAACGGAUGAUUCAGCUUCAUCAUCCAUUUUUAUGCCCCCGAGAUCGAAGAUCAGGGGGCAUAUUGUUUUUGUCCUAUCUGUCAUUUUGUAAUUCUGUCAUUCUGUCUGAAACUUUAACCUUGCUAAUACCUUUUGAACAGUAAGUGAUAGAGCUUUGAUAUUUCACAUGAGUAUUCCUUGUGACAAGACCUUUCCGUGGGUACCAACAUUUUUGACCCGUGACCUUGGAGUUUGACCUACUUUUUGAAAACUUUAACCUUGCUAAUAACUUUUGAACAUUAAGAGAUAGAGCUUUGAUAUUUCACAUGAGUAUUCUUUGUGACAAGACCUUUCCGUGGGUACCAAUAUUUUUGACCCCGUGACCUUGACCUUGGAGUUUGACCUACUAUCUGAAAACUUUAACCUUGCUAAUAACUUUUGAACAGUAAGUGAUAGAGCUUUGAUAUUUCACUUGAGUAUUCCUUGUGACAAGACCUUUCCGUGGGUACCAACAUUUUUGACCCCGUGACCUUGACGUUUGACCUACUUUUUGAAAACUUUAACCUUGCAAAUACCUUUUGAACAGUAAGUGAUAGAGCUUUGAUAUUUCACAUGAUUAUUCCUUGUGACAAGACGUUUCCGUGGGUAUCAACAUUUUUGACCCUUGACCUUGGAAUUUGACCUACUUUUUGAAAACUUUAACCUUGCUAAUACCUUUUGAACAGUAAGUGAUAGAGCUUUGGUAUUUCACAUGAGUAUUCCUUGUGACAAGACCUUUCCGUGGGUACCAACAUUUCUGACCCUGUGACCUUGACCUUGGAGUUUGACCUACUUUUUGAAAACUUUAACCUUGCUAAUAACUUUUGAACAGUAAGAGAUAGAGCUUUGAUAUUUCACAUGAGUAUUCCUUGUUACAAGAUCUUUCCGUUGGUAUUGAACCUUUUGACCUUGACAUUUGACCUACUUUAAUUUUUUUUUUUACAUUGGUCAUAACUUCUAAAUGGUAAAUAUUAGAGCUUUCAUAUUGUACAUGAGCAUUUCUUUUGACAAGAUCUUUCUACUGGUACCAAGAUAUUUGCCCUUGUGACCUUGGCCAUCUUCGGAAUUGGCCAUUAUCGGAGGCAUUUGUGUUUCACAAACACAUCUUGUUAUGCAAAUUGAAAUUAAAGACUAGGCCAAAGUUUAAGGUGAAUAAGUGCAUGACUCUACACAGAAUCUGUUGUGUUGCAGUGAUUGGGAAGGCCCUGCGCUAUAGUCCCAUUCAGGUGAAAAUUGGUGCAUUAAAUUAUCUAAUCCAUGUGCCAAAGUACGCAUUCAUUAUCGAUUGUAACUUACGUUUUUUUUCGCUAGAAGUGAAUUGGGUAUGACUUACUUAUUUUUUGUACUUUCAUUUUUAAUUCCUAUGUAUUCUGAGACACCGAAUCUCAUUUGUUGAAGCAAUACAAAUCAGAAUAGAUAACCAAUAAAAUAUUUCAUCUUACAUCACAUCUCAUCACAUCUUCUCAUGCUUAUACUUUAGGGUUUAAGCUUCGUAAGUCCAAGGACAGAUAUAGAAACGACAGAAAGUGAAAAAAAACCAAAUAACGAAAAACAUUCUUUGGGAUGGGUCAAACGUCUUCAAAUACCAGAUACCGUUGAGAAGGGGAUAUUAAAACAAAGAAGAAACAUUUUCAAGAGCGGUAGAAAAGAUCGUGGUCAUGGUUCAGAGUUUCAAUUAAAACAAUGUUCCACUGCACAUUUGCUAUUUAUUGAAAAUGGCCAUUCAAAAUAUGUUGAUGGUCCAUUCAAUCUGAAAAUGGCCCAUUGAAGACUUGAACCGUGGGGCCAUAGGCCAUUUUGGCCUUCCCAAUCACUGGUGUUAUGCAAAGACGGACUCUGUAUUUCUUAUACGCAAGGAUCUCAAGAAACAGGGUUUAGACACGAACAAGAACUUGGUUAUUUCACAGGUCGCAUGGGGCCUGGAUAAUAACUUGCUUUCAGUACAGAAAGCUAUGCUGACUGGUAUGGCUGUAGUUUUAGCCUUGCAGCAGGACUUGGGCAGUGUCAUGAGUGAACUAUCUCAUUCUCCUGACAAUUUUACCCAACAAAGUCUAAGGCCAACUUUAAUUGAAGCUUUUGAAACAAUUAGGAUGCAUUAGAUCAGAUGGUCAGAGCUUGUGCUUUACAACAUCAUGCCUGAAGAGUCAACAUUGUGAAUGACAUGAAGUUAGGCUCAACUCCUUUCGAGUCUGAGCUUUUGGCAAUGUCCCUAAACCCAAGUUGGCUAUUUGGGGAAAGGAUUCAGGAUGUGGUGGAUAAGGUUCGGGCUCAGAAAAGUGCUUAAAUAUACUUGUCGGCAAGCACUUUUAGUUUUGCACCUCAGAAAGGGCCUUUUCGCAAGUCAGGCCAAAGUCACGCUUUUGGCCGUCAGCUGCAAGCCACAAAUAGGCAAUAUAGGGAGCAACCUAGAGGGGGUUCUGGGAAACCCUUUAUGAGCAAAGGCAAGAACCAGUUCAGGAACCGUUCUGGUUCAGGCAGUGGUAAUAAUCAACAGUCCGGUGACCGCUUUAAGUUGCCAUUACAGGCAGUUGACCAGCCCUUUCAAGCAUAGGGACUUGAGGGAGACAGGACUAUUGCCCAAAGUGGGACAUCGGCUGACUCUAUUUCAACACAACAUUGGGCAGAUUGAGCCCAACAGUUCAAAGGAUUUUAGGAAUUCAGUUGUUGAUAGAUCCUUUUCUGAAAGAGAACAAGAUGUCAGCAAGGUCGUUUCUAGAGAUAUUGGGUCACAUGGCAUCUCUGAUAGACUUGGUGCCACUGAGCAGACUUCAUAUGAGAGAUCUUCAGUUCUGUCUCCUGAAGCAAUGGAAAUCAAUGUGGGACAUCAUAAUAAAGAUGAUUUUGGUCAGAGAGGGUGCCAAAGCAGAUUUAAUGUGGAAGAAGGGAAUACCACUUCUAGUCGAGGGAGGGCAAUUGUAGUCUCCUACAGGAGAAAUUUAUGUCACAACAGAUGCCUCCAAAACGGGGUGGGGGCACAUUCGGAGGACCAAAUGGUUCAGGGAACUUGGAGUCCGAAAGAGAUAGAAUUGCAUAUCAAUUUAUUGGAAAUGAAAGCAGUGAUAUUGCUUUCCACAAAUGGGCGCUGCACUGGAGGAACAAGGUAGCACUUGUUCGUUCGGACAAUGUUUCAGCAGUCCAGUACAUAAAUCGUCAAGAGGGAACAAUAUCACCCCUUCUGUGUCACUUGGCACGGAAAUUAUGGCAGAUGGCCAUAGAAAAUCAAAUAGUAUUGCAAGCAGCUCAUAUUGCAAGGGUUCGCAAUGUUCUAGCAGAUCAUUUAAGCAGGCAGAAAGUCAGGAUAUGCUGGAUAGAAUGGUCUCUGAAGGAGACGGUUGUACAGAGGAUUUGGAAUCGAUAUUACAGUCCUCACAUAGAUCUGUUUGCAUCAGCACUGAAUCGCAGACUUCCAGUUUACUGCUCGUGGCAGAGGGACCUUCAAGCAUUGGCGGUGGAAAGCUUGUCAAUUUUAUGGGAGGGGAUGCUGGGAUAUGCAUUUCCCCAGGUCGGGCUAAUGCCCAGAAUGCUAGACCAUCUGUCCCGGUUCAAUUGCAGAAUACUGUUACUCGCUCCGAGGUGGCCACACAGACCAUGGUUUACUUGGAUUCUCAGCUUGUUGCACAACAUGCCGUCAAUAAUUCAUCCUCAUCCAGACCUUAACUGAAGACAGUGGGGAUGGAUAUAUAUCAUCCAGACCCGGAAUUUCUGAAGUUGGCAAUUUGGCCAAUUUCAGGAGUACAAGCAGACUGUCAGGAAUUUCAGUCUCAGCUAGCAAACUUAUGCUGUCAGCCUGGAGAAAAGGUACUCAGAAUGUCUACUUCUCUCAGUACAGAAUCUUCAGAAGCUGGUGUUUGGAAUGGGGUAUUGAUCUCACUACUGCAUCUCUGAAUGAAACAUUAAAUAUUUUUGCUAUUCUGUAUGAAUCGGGAAAAUAAUAUAGAACCAUAUGUGUUUACCAUUCUGUGCUUUCCUGUCGAUGGCAAGAACAUUGGAGAACACCCUAGUGUUGUGAGACUCAUGAGGGGGGUGUUUAAUACUAGACCCCCAAGGAAGCAGUUGGUUCCAGAAUGGGAUUUGGAAUUAGUCUUGAAGGCUUUGAAAGGCAUGCCUUUUGAGCCUUAUGAAGAAAGCUUCACUGUAACUUGUCACAUACAAAGGACUCGAGCCACGAACACCCUGUAAUGGCCUAUAUGCUUGGGGUGAAAUCCAAAGUGUCUUUUGCUGAUUUUUUCUAUCCUUGAUUUCCAUGUAUACUAUUUACCCAAAUCACAUGUCACCUUAAUUUGUGAAACCGGAUGUUGAUUACUUGAAAUUAAAUGUCAAACCCAUACAUGUAUUUGAUUUCCCCCCGGAUUUUCCCACCUCUUUUUUCACAUUGAGGCAAUAAUUUUUAUAUUGUGUAUGUUUUGCUCUAAGAUUUAAUUUGAUUGAAUAAAAAUUGGUAAUGAAAGGUAUUCUUUCCAAUGAAAAAACCUCACAGCGACGUUCUACACUGAGUGGCCAAAAGUAUUGCAACAAACAUGGCUGAUGUCAUCACAAUGUAAAUAACAGCUGCAUGGAAAAAACCAACUUUCAAUGAAAUAAACAUUAUUUAUUUACCAUUUUUUUCUAGUAUUUUGUUGCAAAGUCUUUCUGAAUAAUAACUUGUCGUAGUCUUGAAGAUAUUGAAGCAUGGAAGCUACGGAUAUAUGUUUGAGAGAGGUCAUUCCAAAUUUUUGUCACUGCAGCCAUUAGGUCAUCCCGGUUUUUAAUAUCAUCAAACUCACGGGACAGUUUGAUUUUGAUACAACGCCAGACAUUUUCAAUGACAUUAAGGUCCGGGGACUGUGCAGGCCAGUUGAAUUUUGGAAUACCGUUUUCUUAUUUCCAAGUAUUGGUCUGUCUAGAGGAGUGGGGGUGGAAUUAUCGUCUUGGAAAAUAAAUUGCUGAUUUCCAAUCAUUUUGCUAACAACGGGCCAUAAGUGAUUAUCCAGCAAUUCAAUAUACUUUGCUGAGUUUAGAUUUUUAUCAACAGGUACACGAACACCAAUACCAUAAUUAUAGGUUAUAGACUUUGUAUGGGAAAAUAUGACGACUGAGUUUUUUGGCGCGUACACGGACCGAGCUUGCGAGGUCCGUUCGCGACAAAAAACGAGGUCGUCAUAUUUCCCAUACAAAGUCUAUAACCUUUUUAUUAUAUACUUUCAAUUUCAUUUAGAAACCAACAAUAAUUUUAUUUUUAACAAUAACUUUAUCGGUUUAACUGAGUAAAAUAUGGAAAAACACAAAAAAAAUUGAAAAUUAACGGCGUAGAAAUUUGAUUGUGACGUAAUGUUUGCGGGCCGGAAUGUUUCCGGGCAUAUAUCGUGUGAUAUAUACCCGCAAACUUUUAAAGAAAAAAGAAGAGAUGAAAUUGAAAGUAUAUAAUAAUAGGUAAUACACCCUAAAACAUACAACUUACUCUCACGGGCGUUUUGCGUUGGUUCAGACGGUAAGGUUUCCUCUUCUCGGACGAUUUUCUCCACAAACUUACAGAGUUAUUUUGUCCAAUGACUACCUGUGUUUCGUCUGAGAAAAUAACUUUCUACCACUGUUCAGGUUUCCAAUGUCUUUUCCUCGGCACCACAAAAUUCGGCGUUGUUUGUUGACUUUAGCGAUUGUAAGAGUUUUCUGAAUUUUGCCCCUCCUGUAUCCUUCCUGGUGUAACUUACGACGAACAGUUCUCAUGGACACAUUUGUACCUUCAUUCCUAUUAAAAGUUGAUGUAAUGUCUUGAAGAAAUUGUCUUCUGUUAGUUUUCAGAAAGCGAUAAAGUUUCCGAUCACCCCUCUCAUCUAUCACUCGGGGCCUUCCUCUCCGGGGAUCGUUUUUAACACUUUCUUUUUGACGGAAUGUUUUCAAAACUCGUCCAACAGUGCUUCGAUGGAUUCCCAAUGAUUCACUAAUUUUGUUGUCAUUAAAUCCCUUUGAAUUUAGAAUUACAAUCCUUUCCUUUAGGUCCUUUGACAAUUCUUUCUCAUUCUUCGACAUUGUUUUCAUUCGAUACCUUACCGGGAAUCGUCUGCUACUUUGAAUUACAAACGGUUCCCCAUAUAAUUCGUACCCUAGUUAAUUCGCAUACCUGACAUCACGACCCAAGCUUACUUUGUUACGCGUCAGCAAUAAAAAUAGAAUUUGAAGCGAGUAAAAUUGUGAUGACGUCAGCCAUGUUUGUUUCAAUACUUUUGGCCACUCAGUUGCUAUUACAGUUGCUAUCGAAAAAUAACUUUUUUGAAAUAUCGCGAGAGGAAGAGGAAUAGUCUUCUGAACAGCUGACAUCAGUAUAUGUGAUGCAUUGUGAUUACUGCGGAUACAGGUGCCAAUUAAAAUGCUUCAUUGUGUUGAUUCCUAAAAAUUAGAUACGCGAGUAUUACAGAAUUUCCAUUCUACAGCAAGUAUAACCGGGAGUUAACAUUUUCAACCAAAUCUUUUAAAGUUUUGCACCUCGAAUCAGUACGCUACGCGGGGUUAUCACUAGGCCGACCACUCAUCGGGCCAGUGAUAUAUGUAAGUGCAUAUGAAUUGGAAGUGCGGGAAUAGAAGUAAAAACUUCUUGUACAUUCCACUUUUAUUUGAAAAUGAUAAGUAAUCUUUCUGAUUUUGUCUGGGGAAAAAACAACAUACAAUAUCCCUCACACAUAAUCUUGCUCAUUUACAUAAAGUGUCUCCGGUCAUUCAGCUAUUCUGAUAUAUUUCCAGUUAAUAUAUUCCCGCACAUGAGUUUAAUCAUACAUCUUCCUUGCUUACAUACAUUUGUUUUGGCAAACUGAUAGAUGUGUCAAAAUUGUUACAUAUAGUCUUUUGUAAUGCAUUUUCUUUACUUUUAAUUACAAUGAAAAGUAACUAUAUGCAUGGUUUCAGGCAUAAAUACAUAAUUUAUUAAAUUUCUUAAUUUAUUUUUAAUUAAAAAGAGUAGUUGUUUUCUCAAAUGAUCAUUUUACACAUUCAAAUGACGGUUUUUAGGAGUUUAAUUCAUAUUUGUAAAAAUGCAAGGGAGGCUACUGUAAGUUAAAAUAAGUGGCGGAUCCAAUGGAACGUUCACACAAUUUUCAAUAGAAAAUGGAGGACAAGAAUAUAUAAAUGGAAUUUAUUAAUAUUUUCAUAGUAUAAUAUUACCCCUUCAUUUUAAGACAUCCAAACCUGUGAUAUAAAUCUACCAUAGUAUAAUGAUUAUUGUACCAGUAUUACAUGUACUGGUCAGGGUUAAAUAGUGCAUUUCAGUUUAGAAGUACGUGUAACAUAUUGUGUUUAUAUUUCUACCUAGCCAUUUAUUAUUGAAUAUGAUGAGAGCGAUGCCUUAAUUAAAGGUCUAAGUUAUUUAUUAUUAUUUAUUUUUUAAAAAUAUUAUUAUCCCAAUUUUUUACCUCACUCAUUUUAAGUUCUGCACUAUUACAUGUACAUUACUUUAUUAUUAUUCCUAAUGAAACAAAAUCAAAUGAUUUACAUCCAGUGUUUUUCACACCAAAUUCAGAAGCUACGAUUAUGCCUUACUGAUUUGAAAAAAUUAUCAACUUAUUUUAAUAUUAGGAUUUUUUAAAUAUUGAACUCCUCCAUAAAUAAAUGUGUGUGUGGGUAAAUGGGUGCGUGCGUAUGUGUUUGUGUGUAAACUAUUGGAAUUUUGUAACUAUAGAUUUUUAAAGAAUGUUUCUUUUUGCUACUUAUUCAUGCGACAUGGCAUGCAUCUCGAUCAUGAAAUGGAAAUUAUACAAGGUUAUCUUGAUACUGUCCAAUAUUCACUUUAUGGGGAUGCCAUUAACGCAAUAGUAGGUCAUACGUAAAAUAUUUGUAACAUAUUGUUUUAAAAGUGCAAAUAAUUUUGACACGAUUUGGGGGGGGAAUUUUGACAAUUUUUAAGGGGAAAUGGCCAGAAUAAUGUCUUAAUACUUAAGUAUGUAUGAAUAACACUGACAUAAUUUACUUCAGCGUGCAUUUGGAGAGGGUUAAUAUAGACAAUGCCUGUUGUCCAAUCCAUUUGUGUUUUCUGCAUAUUAAGAUUGAUAUUUUGAUUUAUUUCCGUUUCCAAAUUGAUUUGUUACAGAUGCCUAGAAAAAAGUCCUAUAAGUGUUUUAACUGCCCUAGAAUUACGAAACCAACAGAUAUAUGUUAUAUAUCAAAGAUUCAUAGGAAUGUAAUAAGCAGACUAUCUGGAAGAACGCCUAGUCACCGUGAUUUUCUGUGUGACAAAUGCAGACAUAUAUGCAGGUCCUAUAUACAGAAAUACGGCAAGUCAAAUCCAGAACCCAAGAGGAGUAAUCUGUCAUCUAUAAACCAACCAUCAUUUUCUACGUCCCUUAGUCCUCCUUCUGUUCAAUUGUCAUUCCCAUGUACAGCUAGAGGUCACUCUUCUUGCAUACUUAAGAUAUUUAUUUCAGUUCAUACAAAAACUUUUACGCGGUAGCCGAGAGGUUAGAUUGUUCGCCCUGCAUGUGGUAGGCCGGGGUUCGAAUCCCGGCCGCAUCAGACCUAAGUCGUAAAAACGGGUAGUGACAGUUCCAUCGCCAAACGCUUGGCAUCAGGGGAUGUCCCAUGUCGCAGUUGGUGUGGCACGCUAAAGAACCCUCACUGCUUAAUGGCCGUAAGAGCCGAGCAUAGGCCUAAAAUUUGAAGCCCUUCACCGGUCUUGGUGACGUCUCCAUAUGUGUGAAAAAUUCUCGAGCGAGACGUUAAGCAAGAUACAGUCAAUCAAUCAAUCAAUCAAUCAAAAACUCUAAUAUAUUAUGUAUAAUACCUUCUAUUUAAUGAUAAGAAAGGAUGAUAUCAUGAAUUUGUAUCUGAAUACCAAUAGUACAUAAACAAGUUUUUAAAUGAUUAACCCAGCUAGUCUGCAAUUCUGCAUAUAUUUGCAUAACGAUGAGAUAUCAUCAAAUGAUAUAAAUAUAUACAAGUCGCCGUUUUAUACGUUUUAAUUUUCACCCACUAAUAACAUUUCGCUUAGAAUUUAUUUCUUUUAUUUCUUUGUUUUAUCACACGGAGGUGCACGGGGCCACAAAGGAGGCACAGGUGACAUCCACGGAGUUCCUCCGCGGACUUAAAAGUCUACUUCGCUCAGAAAAAUGACUUCAGAUGUGCCUACAAUUUUAAAGGAGAAUCAGAUAUAUGUUGCUGGACAGCCUGCCUACUUCAACUACUCAACAAGUCAGAAAAUUCAAAGACCAGUAGGUGGAGAUGACCACAGAAUAGGAAAUCACAUUCUCUUGUUCACAGUUCUGAAGCCACAGUACCCCAUCACAGUGGAUGUAAUGCAUACAAUUUGCAGCCCUUAUGGACAAGUUCAAAGGAUUGUAAUCUUCAAGAAAAAUGGUCUACAAGCAAUGGUAGAAUUUGACACUGUGGACACGGCCAAAAGAGCAAAGCAGAACCUGAAUGGGGCAGAUGUAUACUCGGGCUGCUGCACUCUGAAAAUUGACUUUGCUAAGCCCACCCGUUUGAAUGUUUUUCGCAAUGAUAGUGAGAGCUGGGAUUACACCCAAUCUAUGCCUGAAAAAGAUUCAGCAUCUCAACGAAAUGGACCACUUUUAGCUGAUCCUAGAUACAGCAAUGCUCCCAUGCCCUAUGAUGGUCGAUCAGGUGGUCUCCCUGGCCCGAAUCCAGGGUAUGGUGGAGGUCCAGGGCCUCAUCAGGGCUACCCUGCAGGGGGCCCCACAGGAGGGUAUGGUGGAGGGGGUUAUGGCCCCAAUUUUGGUGGUGGCUAUGAUGGGGGUGAUGGCUACGGUACACCUAUGUCUCCACGGCAAAAGGGCUAUGACAACCGAGGAGACAGGUUUGCUGGAAAUCAAGGUGCACCGAUGCAAGAUCGGGGAGGAUAUGGCCAUGCUAACAUGCCAUCACAGGCUUACCAGGAUCAGGGACCUCCUCCUCCAGGGGCUAUGUUCCAGGGAUCAGUCAUUAUGGUGUAUGGAUUAAGUCCAGACAAGAUUAACUGUGACACACUUUUCAAUUUGUUCUGUCUGUAUGGAAAUGUUGUCAGGGUGAAAUUUCUGAAGAGUAAGGAAGGGUCGGCUAUGGUGCAAAUGGGGGACUCGCUGGCAGUGGACAGAUGCAUGCAAAAUCUCAACUACAUUACCCUGUUUGGGAACAAAAUCACCCUUGGACACUCCAAGCAGGCAUUUUUACAAGACGUCCCCAAUCCAUAUGACUUACCAGAUGGCAUGCCCUCAUUUAAAGAUUUCAUGGGGAGCAGGAACAACAGAUUUGCCAACCCAGAGGCAGCAAGCAAAAAUCGCAUCAUGCCACCAUCCAAAGUUCUGCAUUACUUCAACACUCCUCCAAAUAUUUCAGAGGAACAACUUGGAGAGGUAUUGACAAAUUUGGGGGCAACAAUACCUUCUAAAGUUAAACAGUUUACAGGAAAAAGUGAAAGGAGUUCUUCUGGAUUGAUCCAGUUUGAAUCCAAGAUGGAGGCCUUGGAGGCUCUGGUUCUGGCUAAUCACACAUCCAUUCCAAAUCCAGCUGGAAAAAGUCCGUAUGUGAUGAAGCUGUGUUUUUCUGGUGGUCCAAUCAAAGAAUGAAUAGAAAGGAAUCUCAGAACUAUGUUGUCUUUGUGAACAUUUGAAUUUGGUAGUUGUUUGUUUAAGUAAUUCAUUAAGUAAUUCGUUAGAUUUUUUUUAGUGCAGUAGUAGUGUAUAAUCAUGUCAUUUAUGAAUUAUGCUUUUUAAUAUAAUUUUAUUACAUGUAAUAAAGUAAUCAAGAGAGUGAAA